AUGGUGAACAUCGCCCAGCGUAUGACAAGGCUGAAAGAACUGCUGAGGCUUAAGGUUGGAGGAGGAGCUGCAAUAUUACCUCCGGAGGUGACGAGAUUACAUAUGGACUUCGUAAUGACCUACGACGACGGACACAAAGGCCCUAGAAAUUUCUGGCGCAACGACCUCCGGCGCCUCAAAUUCUACAACCCAGCAAUUCCCAUGACCGUCUCGCGAACUGAAAACCCCGAUGAUCCAGCCCUAAUGACCAUCCACUUCGCCUCUGCCUCGGCCGCAGCCAGCACACCCGCAACUCCCUCCUCAUCACCAGCCCCAACAGAAAGAACCGAAGUAUUCACCAUCAAGUCCCGCAAACGGUAUGAGAUUUUAGAGCAAUUGAUGACGCUCACGAAUGCGAAGAAGAUCGAGCCGACGGAGCAAGAGCUUAAUGAGAUCAGAGAGCUGAGUGCCAAGAGAGAGCAGAGCGCGAAGGACAGCGCGCUUUCGCAGAAGGUGAAUGCGAGGAAGAAGCAGGAGAAGAGGAGGAUGGCUAUUGCGAGGGGAGAGUUGACUUCUGCGAGCUAA